CAGCACAGGCUGAUUGUGUUUCUGCCUCACGCUGUACAUUUCAAGCUCAUGAAAUUGAAUUUGCCGUUGCUGAAGCAACAAGAGAAGGGAGAGCAUCAUCAUCAGACAAUCCCUAACUCCCUCCGCCGAGUUCAUUGUCAUUGCAAGCAUCCACAGCUGCCUAUACAAAUAACAAACCCCGUCUAACAUCCACCACAGAGAGGAAGGAUUAAAAGCCUCAUUCAUCCGAGCAGCGAUUGGCUGUGGGCUGCUGUCUAUUAUCAGUAGGCGGGACCGAUCUUCUCUGUCUGCGUUUCUGCCUUUAGCAAGGCUCAUUAACGCUGCACAGGCUGUAGCUAAGCAACUGCGUACGUUUCAUUUUCUUUCUUGGAAGUGGCAGGGAUACACUCAAGUUAGAAUGUAUGGAUUUGUGAACCAUGCCUUGGAGCUGCUUGUAAUACGAAACUAUGGUCCAGAAAUAUGGGAAGACAUAAAGAAAGAGGCACAGUUGGAUGAAGAGGGGCAAUUUCUGGUUAGAAUAAUAUAUGACGACUCAAAGACCUAUGACUUGGUAGCUGCAGCAUGCAAAGUACUUAAUCUCAAUGCAGGUGACAUUCUCCAGAUGUUUGGAAACAUGUUUUUUGUUUUUUGCCAAGAGUCUGGCUAUGACACCAUCCUACGUGUCCUUGGAUCCAAUGUCAGAGAAUUUUUGCAGAAUUUGGAUGCCCUGCACGACCACCUUGGUACUAUAUAUCCAGGCAUGCGUGCUCCAUCCUUCCGAUGUACUGACGCUGAGAAAGGAAAAGGGCUUAUUUUGCACUACUAUUCAGAAAGAGAAGGUCUCCAGGACAUUGUCAUUGGCAUUGUUAAGACAGUGGCUCAGCAGAUCCAUGGAACAGAAAUUGACAUGAAGGUAAUUCAACAAAGAAAUGAGGAGUGUGACCACACACAGUUUUUGAUUGAAGAAAAGGAUACGAGAGAGGAAGACUUUUAUGAAGAUCAAGACAGAUUUGAAGAAAAUGGAACUCAAGAGUCCCGCAUUAGUCCCUAUACCUUCUGCAAGGCUUUUCCAUUUCACAUCAUGUUUGACAGAGACCUUUUUGUCACACAAUGUGGAAAUGCUAUCUACAGAGUUCUACCCCAGCUCCAGCCUGGAAAUUGCAACCUGUUAUCAGUUUUCUCUUUGGUUCGGCCUCAUAUAGACAUCAGUUUCCAUGGAAUUCUCUCUCAUAUCAACACUGUAUUUGUAUUAAGAAGCAAGGAAGGCUUACUUGACGUGGAAAAGUCUGAGAGUGAAGAUGAGCUGACUGGUACUGAAAUUAGUUGCCUUCGCCUGAAAGGACAAAUGAUCUACUUGCCUGAGGCUGACAACAUUCUGUUCCUGUGCUCUCCAAGCGUAAUGAAUCUCGAUGAUCUUACAAGAAGAGGACUGUACCUCAGUGACAUACCACUACAUGAUGCUACUCGCGAUUUGGUCCUGCUGGGGGAACAGUUCCGAGAGGAAUACAAGUUGACUCAAGAACUGGAAAUCCUAACAGACAGACUUCAGCACACACUGAGAGCCCUGGAGGAUGAGAAGAAAAAGACAGAUACCUUGCUGUACUCUGUUCUUCCACCUUCUGUUGCCAAUGAGCUCAGACAUAAGCGUCCAGUUCCAGCCAAAAGAUACGAUAAUGUGACAAUUCUUUUUAGUGGCAUUGUGGGAUUUAAUACAUUUUGUAGUAAACAUGCCUCUGGCGAAGGUGCAAUGAAAAUUGUUAACCUUCUAAAUGAUGUUUAUACAAGGUUUGACAUUCUGACCGACUCCCGAAAUAACCCAUAUGUCUAUAAGGUGGAAACAGUUGGAGACAAAUAUAUGACAGUCAGUGGCCUCCCAGAGCCAUGUGUGCACCAUGCACGAUCCGUUUGCCACUUGGCUCUAGACAUGAUGGAAAUAGCAGGACAGGUUCAAGUAGAUGGUGAGUCUGUUCAGAUAACUAUUGGCAUUCAUACAGGUGAAGUGGUUACAGGGGUCAUAGGCCAAAGAAUGCCACGCUACUGCCUGUUUGGAAACACUGUUAAUCUGACAAGCAGAACAGAAACGACAGGAGAAAAGGGAAAGAUUAAUGUAUCUGAGUACACCUACCGGUGCCUCAUGAGUCCUGAGAAUUCAGAUCCUCAGUUCCACCUGCAAUACCGUGGUCCAGUUAGCAUGAAGGGAAAAACUGAUCCAAUGCAAGUUUGGUUUUUGUCCAGAAAGGAAUUAGAAACAGAGGAGUAAAUGGUGUGUUGUUUUACUGGAAAUUCCUCCAUUCAGAAUGACCAUCUAUGUAAACUUGCACUUCUUUCGAACCUGUGGUUUACUGUCCAGCAAUUCAAAGUUAAGUAAUGCCAUUAGGAGAACCAGUAUUAUUAUUAUUCCUUAACUUCUGUAUUAACUUAACAUGUAUACAAUGUGUUCAGCAUCAUUGUGAUAUUGUUAACAUUCCAUAUAGUUUCUCUCUAGUCAUAUUAUUAAACUAACAAGCACUUCCGACGUUUUUUUUCUAGCUACACUCACGUUCAUGGUGGAUAGGAAUAACUGUUUACUAUUCUAGUGAAUGUUGUAUCUUGCAAUAAUACUUUUUUUAUGGUAUGUUAUAUUGUGAUGCUGAUGUUACACAAGGGGAGGCACAUUUAUCAAAGUUCGAAUUUCGAAUUCAUGUGAUUUUUUUUAAAAUUUGAAUAUACUCACAAUUUGACUGGGAAGCUAUUUAAGAAAAAAUUAGAAUGGCUAAUAUUCGAUCUAAUGGUUCCGACCCUAAAAUUCUAAUAUUAUUUGAUUCAAAUAUGCUUUUUAUGAAUUAAAUGUUUCUCCUGAAAAAAAAACUCAAAUGCCAGGAAGGCUAAUAACAUCUCCAAAUGGCUCAACGGACCUUUGCCAUUGACUUGUACAAGUCAAGCUUGAUAAAGGGCCCCGUGAGGCCCCAAAACGUUGCCACUUGUUUGCAUGAUUUGAGCCAAUAAAAUCACCUGCUGAAAAAUACUUCACUUCAGUGUGCUACAGUAUAUUGGACUAUUGCAUAUGUUUUGACCCGUGGCAGGUAGGAUACAUUACUGGUUUAAGCACCUGAUCCUAAGGGAUUCAACGCGGAAGAUUUGAGGCUGAGCACUCCAUUCUUUUUUUAACAAAUCUUUAUUUAUGAAUUUUUCUUAAGGGAGGGGGUACAGAAGAAGAAAAGGAGGGGGAGUGAAUAGGAAUGGGGCUAUAAAGUUACAAGAAAAAUCCAGCAUAUAUCAUCACAACUUUUGUAUAUACAUACAUGUAUUUAUAGUCUCACUUUUAUUUGAGCACUCCAUUCUAGUGUGGAAUUGACUUGUACAUGAACUGGGCAGGUUUUAGGUGGCAAAUAUUUGAAUUAGGACUGUUUCCAUGGUCGAGAUGUGGUAAAUCUUACAUUAAGGGGCCAAUUCACCAAGCUCGAGUGAAGGAUUCUAAGUAAAAAAACUUCGAAUUUUGAAGUGUUUUUUGGGCUACUUUGACCAUCGAAUGGGCUACUUCGACCUUCGUCUUCGAAUCGAAGGAUUCUAACUAAAAAUCGUUCGACUAUUCGACCAUUCCAUUGUCGAAAGUACUGUCUCUUUAAGAAAAAACUUCGACCCCCUAGUUCACCAUCUAAAACCUACCGAACCCAAUGUUAGCCUAUGGGGAAGGUCCCCAUAGGCUUGCCUAAGUUUUUUUGGUCGAAGGAUAAUCCUUCGAUCGUUGGAUUAAAAUCCUUCAAAACGUUCGAUUCGAAAGAUUUAAUCGUACGAUCGAAGGAUUAUUCCUUUGAUUGCUCGAUCAAACUAUUUGCGCUAAAUUCCUUCGACUUCGAUAUUCGAAGUCGAAGGAUUUUAAUUCCCAGUCGAAUAUUGAGGGUUAAUUAACGCUCAAUAUUCGACCCUUGGUGAAUUUGCCCCUAAAAGUUAUAUUCAAAUAGGGGGAUCAAAAUUCAAAUGUGUGAAUUGACUGUUCGACCCUUGAUAAAUCUGCCCCAUAAUAAUAAUAAUAAUAUAUAGUACUGUGAUGCAUAUUACAAUUUGUUUUUUAAAUGUUUUAUGCAUUUAUUAUAUUGGAGCAAUGAAAAGUAAGUUGCUGUUAUUUAAAACAACAUGCGUGGUAGUAACAUUUGCUGAUAGUUUUGAAGGUAGCCACUGAACCCUUUCAUUUUAUCCCGUUGUUGCAAGAGAUCAUCUAGCUGUGUAAAUAUAACAGUGUGGUCCCACAAAAUAAGUUAUAUUUUUAGUGCUGUUGUACCCUCUCAUCAACAGGGGGAUCAAACCUGAUUUCCAAAUUACUAAAGAAAAUAAAAAGAACUUUGUUUCUCUUUUCAAACAGUUUUUUCUACAAUUUUUUUUUUAUUUCUUUGAAAAGAAAUAAGCAUUCCACUUAAAUAUAGUGCCAUACCAUUUUGUGCAUACCAUAAGUCUUUUUCACAAGCAGAUUCUUAUAGUGUAAAUAACGCAAAGAAAACUAUUUUAGAAAUGUGGUACAUUAUUUAGUAGCAAAAAUAUUUCUAUGCUAUAUUAAAGUAUAAUUUUUUGAAGUAUAUAUUGUAAUGGGAUUGUUACAGUCCAGUAUAGAAAAGUUGUUGUAUAAAUGUUUCUUUAUAUUUAUUUUAUCAUUGCAUCACAUUUCUGUACAAAUGUUCAUGUACGCAGCAGCUACAAUAAAUUAUUUUUUCCACGAA